AUGAAAUAUCUUCGUCAUAUACAAACACUUUCUGGUCACGUCGACCGUGUAUGGAAUCUUUCUCUACAUCCAACACUUCCUCUAUUAGCUUCAGCAUCAUCGGAUAAAACAGCAAAGAUUUGGUCAACACAGAAUGGGCGCUGUAUAGCAACAUUAGAAGGCGGUCACCAACGAAGUAUUCGAUCUGUUUCUUGGAAGCCUCAAACAAAAGGAGAUAUUAUUUUAGCAACGGCCAGUUUUGAUGGAACAAUAGGGAUUUGGGAGCCAGAUUAUGAAAAUAAAUCAGAAUGGGAGUGCAUGGCAACAUUAGAAGGACAUGAAAGUGAAGUAAAAAGCGUUAAUUGGUCAUCGGAUGGAGGACUAAUUGCAACAUGUUCUCGAGAUAAAAGUAUAUGGAUAUGGGAAGCAGAAGAAGAAAACGAGUUUGAUUGUUUAUCCAUACUUCAAGAACAUACACAAGAUGUAAAAAUGGUCUUAUGGCAUCCUAAAGAAGAAAGAUUGGCAUCAGCAUCUUAUGAUAAUACAAUUAAGCUAUGGAAAGAUAACCAAGAUGAUUGGGCAUGCUAUGCAAACAUAACUGGGCAUAACAGUACAGUUUGGUGUAUUGACUUUGAAAAAAGAUCAUUUGAUCCAAGACUUGUUUCUUCAUCUGAUGAUCAAACGAUAAAAAUAUGGAAACGAGAACCCAGAACUCAAGAUUAUUCGAAUAUUGCACCUAUUCUCGUACCUUUUGAAGAAACCUGGAUCGAGCAAACGACUUUACCUAAAGUACAUACAGGUACAAUUUAUUCGGUUUCAUGGAGUGGAACGUCAGGAAGAAUUGUUUCUAGUGGAUCAGAUGGAAAUUUAGUUAUUUACGAAGAAAAUAAAGAAGGUUGGACCAUUCAAGCUAUACAAAAGAAUGCACAUGAUGUAUAUGAACUGAAUUGUUCAAUAUUCUGCAAUAUUUCAGAAUCCGAAUAUAUUUAUACUUGCGGUGAUGAUGGAAACAUAAAUGUUUGGGAACUAGAAUCCACAAAUAUAUAA